CCCUCAGCCUUCAUUCCUACAUUCCCAACCCCUGAAAAUCUCGCUCUCGUUUCAUCUUCUUCCCAAUCCAGCAGUCAUGGCGGUCUUGAAAGUCCACGGUAGCCCGUUCUCCACGGCAGUGAUGCGAGUUGUCGCUGCGAUCUACGAGAAGGGGCUUGAGUUCGAGUUCGUUACGAUCGACAUGAAGGCCGGCCAGCACAAAUCGGAGGCUUUCCUUGCUCUCAAUCCAUUUGGUCAAGUUCCAGCCUUUGAAGACGGAGACCUGAAGCUCUUCGAAUCAAGGGCCAUCACACAGUACAUCGCCCACGAGUACGCGUCAAAUGGGACUCAACUGAUAUGCCCAGAUUCAAAGAAAAUGGCUAUCAUGUCAGUGUGGAUAGAGGUGGAGGCCCACCAGUACGACCCCCAUGCCGGCAAGCUCUGUUACGAGCUAUUUUUCAAGCCAAUGUUCGGCCAGACCACUGACCCAGCUGCAGUGGAGGACCUAGAGGCCAAACUCGGCAAGGUUUUGGAUGUGUACGAGGCUCGGUUGACUCAGUCCAAGUACUUGGGCGGAGACUGCUUUGGGCUGGCCGACCUUCACCACCUCCCCACCCUACACUACUUGCUGGGCACUUCAGCCAAGAAGCUCUUUGACUCGCGUCCACACGUGUCCGCUUGGGUCGCUGAUAUCACUGCCAGGCCUGCUUGGGCCAAGGUGAUUGCCAUGCAGAAGAGUUAAGAGAAAAAAAAGUUGUGUGGCUUUGCCCUUGAGUUUCUAUGUGGGUGUAUGUUUCCUAAAAUCAUGUAAAACCUUAGAAGUAUUUCAGAGUGAUAUUACAGAGCGUUUCUAUCA